GGAACUUUUUUGGAGAGUUGCAAGAAAAAUUACCAGGGCAAGUUGACGCCUGUGUGCUGCUGGCAGUCUGUACGGAUUGAGGGGCUCUCUCUAGACACAUCUUACGGACCCGACAUAUCGUACCAGGAACUGACAUACCGCAAAGAUGCCGAAAGCAACUACACCAUCAUUGUCCAAUAAAAGGCGACACAACCCUCUCGAAGAUGACCUUCUCGCGACGGGAGUGCUCAAAAACCGGGAGGGGCGGCCCUCGAAGCGGGCCGACAGGAAGCAGGCCGAGGAGCAAGCCUACGUCGAUGCCAAAUCGUCGCGCAAGAUUCUGGCCAUGAGCCGCGAACUCAUAGACGAAGAGGAGCUUCAAUCUGGGGCUAGGGACACGGCUGUGCCGACAACUUCAGCUUUCGACUUUGACCCGUCUCGGUCGGGGGAAGGCAGCGAGCCAGACGAGGAAGAGUUUGCCAACGAGGAGGUUUGGGGCGAUGAGGAGGAUGUUGUCGAGGAGAUUGAAGUCGACGCGGCCGAUCUCGAAACGUUCAACCGAUUCAUAACGCCCACAAUGAACGACGACCCCCUUCUGACACACGGCUGGGACGGGAAGCCAGGCGAUGGUUCCGAGGGGCAAGCGCCGGGUACAAACCUGGCCGACCUAAUCAUGGCCAAGAUCGCUGAGAAAGAAGCCAUGCAGAGUGGGCGGCAAGAAGACCGCAACCCAGUUGAGGAGGACUACGAGUUGCCGCCAAAGGUGGUAGAGGUGUUCACAAAGAUUGGGCUCAUUCUUGCUCGGUACAAAUCGGGCCCGCUGCCGAAACCUUUCAAGAUUCUGCCCCAGAUUCCCCACUGGGAGGACAUCCUCCAGCUCACACGCCCGGAUUCAUGGACUCCGAAUGCGUGUUACGCUGCGACGAGGAUCUUCGUUUCAGCUAAGCCUCUGGUAGUGCAGCGCUUCAUGGAAAUGGUCAUUUUGGAGCGUGUCCGCGAGGACAUCUAUGAGAACAAGAAACUCAACGUCCAUCUGUUCAACUGCCUCAAGAGGGCUCUCUACAAACCUGCUGGCUUCUUCAAGGGAUUCCUGUUUCCGUUGGCAGCAUCUGGCACCUGUACGUUGCGUGAGGCGCAAAUCGUCUCUGCAGUUUUGGCUCGGGUCUCCAUUCCUGUACUCCAUUCAGCGGCAGCAAUCAAGACGCUGUGCGAUAUUGCCGCAGAGCAGGCCUCGCAGCAUUCCGAGUGUGUCAGCGCGACCAACUACAUGCUCAAGGUUCUCCUGGAAAAGCGAUAUGCGUUGCCUUGGCAAUGCGUGGACUCUCUCGUAUUCCACUUCCUCCGGUAUGCCGCAGCUGCCAGGGAGGGCGAUGCUGCUCCCAAGGCAUUGCCCGUUAUUUUCCACCAAUGCAUGCUUGUGUUCGCUCAAAGAUAUCGCAACGAUAUUACCGAAGACCAACGCGAAGCCCUCUUAGACCUCCUCCUGAACCAUGGUCACGACAAGAUUGCUCCCGAGAUCAGAAGGGAGCUUUUGGCUGGGCGGGGGAGAGGUGUUCCUAUCGAGAAACCCGGUCCUGCAUUCGAUGGCGAUGACACAAUGCUGGUGGACUCAUGAGAGCAAACCACCAAUAUUCGUCCCUAUUCGCCUUCGCUUUUCCUGUUGCGGAACACGAAGGCGACCCGCGUGUCCAGCUACAUGCCCUUCCUCCAUGGGAUGUUGUGGCCCACGUCUGAUUACGCAAUGACGGAGCGAAGGUUCGCCUGAGGUCGCUUGAUUCUAGAUGUGGGCUACUCAACGACGAGGGUUCUAACCCUACGGUCGACUUGGAAGAGGUUUCUAAAUCGUUUCCUUCUGCAAGUCCAGGUUUGGCACGCGAGUCACGGCUGCCUCGAGACCAAGGUUGGGUGUCGGGUGUGGUCAGGACCGCCAUAACGGGCUUCCUGCUCACGAGUAUGACGAGUUUAGAUGAUACCAUUUAGUCACGUCGGCGUGCCUCCGAUGACAAUUGAUUUGCAUGAUGUGAUGAUCAGUGAAUGGAGCUUUGCGAUGCGCCAUCGAUGAAUCGUGAGCAGCGAAAA